AUGGAGCCCGGCCGUUUGAUCGAGCUUGCUGCCACCAUCAGUGAUGCUGCAGCUCACAUCGAUGAGUUCCUAAAGUCGCGGAAUCUUCCAUACCCGUCCUUCGAGCCAAAUGCCCCUCUCUCUCUGCCCGAGGAGCUGGGUGAUGCUCGGGAUGCAGUAUUGGAUGGGACAUCGGAGCUUUACGACUUGCUUGUUGGACAAGUAGAAGCGUUCGUUGCAGGAUCAUCGAUGCAGCCAGGGAACAUGAUGAGUCUAAAUGUGAUUCGCCGGUUCGAUAUCGCCAAUUCUUUCGCGCCGGACGAGGAAAUGACCUUUGCCCAAAUCGCUGAGCUCACUGGACUGAGCGAGGUAACAGUUAGGCAUGUACUCCGCCAUGCUAUGACGCUUCGGGUAUUUCGAGAGCCCCGAAAAGGGGUUGUGGCGCACACAGCGCGCUCGGUACUCAUGCGAAACACUGAUAGAGCCAAUUUCAUAGCUGUUAGCAUCGAGGAGAUUUCCCUUGCCAGUCUUCUGACUGCGGAGGCUUUUGCAAGGUGGCCGACAUCAGAAGAACCAAAUCAGACCGGCUUCUCUCUCGCACAUGGUACGGACCGGUCCGCGUAUGAGAUCCUGCAAGAUGACCCUGCUCGCGCAGUUCGCUUUGCCAGCGCCAUGAGCAUUUUCACCUCUGGGAAAGGCUACGCUGCGUCUCACGUGGUGCAUGGAUAUGACUGGGGCAGUUUGGGUGCUGGGUCUGUAGUUGAUAUUGGUGGUUCCCGGGGGCAUAUUGCUGUGGCUAUUGCCUCCCAGUUCCCGUCCUUGACGUUCAUAGUGCAAGACCUCCCCAGCACAGUGGCCGGUGCAGAGGCAGAGCUGCCACCGGAAAUGGCAAGACGGGUGACGUUCAUGGCCCACGAUUUCUUUGAAAGCCAGCCCAUCGUUGCAGAUGCAUAUUUUCUGCGCUGGAUAUUUCACAAUUGGUCCGACAAAUACUGUACCAAGCUUCUGCGAGCCUUGAUUCCAGCAUUGCGGCCUGGGACCCGAGUGAUUGUCAACGAUAUCUGCCUACCUGAGCCAGGAAGCAUUGCCCUUUGUAAAGAAAAAGAGCUCAGGAUCAUGAAUCUGAGCAUGAUGAGCGUGUUUAACGCCCGGGAACGCGAUGCUGACGAAUGGCGCGACUUAUUCCAUCGUGCAGACCCACGAUUCAGGUUCGUCGGAAUACGGCAGCCACAGGGCUCUCAUCUAGCCUUGAUUGAGGUGGAAUGGUCAGGGCAGGGGUAA